GUUGCAUUUCCCUCCAUACCAAAACGAGUUGGAGACAUGAGUGAGACCGCCCCUGCCCCGCGCGUGAACAAGGCCAUCAUGGCGCAAUUCGUGGGACACACCGUGUCCUUGGUUGGGAGCAUUGAAAGCUGGACAGGAUCGCAGGCCGUGCUCAAGACCUCCGACAAUGGCUUUGUCACAGUACAUCCCCAGCCUGGUGCCGAUUAUUCGAGCAAAUUUGUCGAAGUGAUUGGUGCAGUCCAAUCGGACGGAACUCUCAAGGAAUUCAAGUGCACAAGUUUCGGCGAUGAUUUUGGUAGUACAUCAUCAUCACAUGCAUCCAUCCACACGAUUGCUCAAUUGACAUGUGACGAUAGACUUGACGAACUACGACAAGCUUGUGCAGUUGACGCACGGCAAAUUCUCUCCGUUGUUUGUUUAAUGGAGUUUUGCAUUUUGUAUCAUGGUAUCUCCUAUGACUCGACAACGGCGAUGUGUUCUUCGGAAUCCGAGGGAGGUGGUGGUGGCUCCUUCGAACGAAGCAUGAUGGCGUGCUGAAGGGGUGGCAUUGGCCUAGGCUUGGAUAUGUCCAUGCACGCAAUCUAAGCAUUCGUUAGUGGACCAACGUGACGAAAUACCAGACCUGCACAAUGGACACAUGCGUUUGAGGAAUGAAUAUGGUUUGGUAAAGGUGGUAUUGGCGGUAGUAGCUGUGCGUCACAUAUUCCACCGUGGUCGCCACAUCGACCGCGUCGAAAAUGCCUGUGCUCACGGGCGGCCGCUCAACGCUAUGUUGCAGUAGGAGCGACUGAAAGUGCUCAAAGCUCUCUGGAAGCGUCCAAGGCGACUGCUUCCCAUGGUCAUGCGACUGAAGGAAUAAGUCGCGUAGGAUGACUCGAUGCAUGAUCGCCAGCACCACCGACGUCUUGAGCGGCGUCAAUUCGUGUUCUUUGCAGAACGAGUACAGGUACAUGUAAAGGUCGAGGAGCAAGUCCAAUGGCGCGGACGUCGAGGACGCCAAUCCAUGGAAAGCAAAGAUGUCGUACAAGAUUUGGCGGCAUGCAAUCGAGUCGUGGAUCGCCGCAAGCGCAUCGAUGUCCUUGGCCGUCACUAGGCGCCACGCCAAGUUGUCCGUCAUGUGGUCGCGCGAGAAACCGCCGAAAUCCAAACUUUUCGAAAAAG